CAGGCGGAAGGGCGCGGAGGAGGUGACGCAGUAGGCCAGCGCCGGCGUCGCGGCAGCUGCUUCAGAGGAAGCUCGGCGGCGGUGGCCGUGGCGAGCAGGCCGGACGCCUACUCGCUGGCUGGGCUUCCUCUGGAGCUGGCGAAGGCGGGGCCCGCGCUCCAGGCUGCUGCCGCGUCUGGGCCGGCGGCGGGACAGGUGCCGGGAGCGAGCGGGCAGAUGCAUCCAGAUCUCAUUAUGCAUCAGAAAAAUGAAAAAACAGAGGAAAAUUCUAUGGAGGAAAGGAAUCCACUUAGCCUUUUCUGAGAAAUGGAAUACUGGGUUUGGAGGCUUUAAGAAGUUUUAUUUCCACCAACACUUGUGCAUUCUGAAAGCUAAGCUGGGAAGGCCAAUUACUUGGAAUAGACACUUGAGACAUUUCCAGUGUAGAAAGAAAGCCCUUCAAAUCCAGAAAACGUGGAUCAAGGAUGAACCCCUUUGUGCUAAGACCAAGUUCAGUGUGGCUACUCAAAAUGUUAGUACUUUGUCCUCUAAAGUGAAAAGAAAGGACACUAAACACUUCAUUUCCUCUUCAAGAACUCUCCUGAGACUCCAAGCAGAGAAGUUGCUGUCAUCAGCAAAGAAUUCUGACCAUAAAUACUGCAGAGAGAAAAAUCUCUUGAAGGCAGUUGCUGACUUUCCAUCAAAUAGUGCUUUAGGUCAGGCCAAUGGUCACAGACCUAGGACAGAACCACAAGCUUCUGACCUUCCCAUGAAGUUCAAUGGAGAGAGCCAAAGUCCAGGUGAGAGUGGCACGAUUGUGGUCACUUUGAGCAACCAUAAGAGAAAGUGCUUUUGUUAUGGCUGCUGCCAAGGGCCGGAGCGCCACAGGAAUGGGGGACCCUUGAUUCCAAAAAAGUUCCAACUUAACCAACAUAGAAGAAUAAAAUUAUCUCCUCUUAUGAUGUAUGAAAAAUUAUCCAUGAUUAGAUUUCGGUACAGGAUUCUCAGAUCCCAGCACUUCAGAACCAAAAGUAAAGUUUGCAAGCUAAGAAAAGCCCAGCGAAGCUGGGUGCAGAAGGUCACUGGGGACCACCAAGAGACUCUUAGGGAGAACAUUGAGGGUGGCAGUUGCAGCCCAUUUCCUUCCCCAGAACCUAAAGACCCUUCUUGUCGGCAUCAACCGUACUUUCCAGAUAUGGACAGCAAUGCUGUGGUGAAGGGGACAAACUCUCAUGUGCCUGAUGGCCACACUAAAGGAAGCCCUUUCUUGGGCAAGGAGCUUAGUUUAGACGAAGCAUUCCCUGACCAACAGAAUGGCAGUGCCACACACGCCUGGGACCAGUCACCCUGUUCUUCUCCUAAGUGGGAGUGUACAGAGCUGAUUCAUGACAUCCCCUUACCAGAACAUCAUUCUAGUACCAUGUUCAUUUCAGAAACCAAAAGAGAUAUUAUGACUCUGGGUCAGGAAAAUCGGACAAGUUCUGUCAGUGAUGACAGAGUAAAACUGUCAGUGUCUGGAACAGAUACACCUGUGAGUAGUGUAGAUGGGCCUGUGUCCCAAAAGGCUGUUCAAAAGGAGAACUCAUACCAGAUGGAGGAGGAUGGAUCUCUCAAGCAGAACAUUCUUAGUUCUGAGUUGCUGGACCACCCUUACUGUAAAAGUCCACUGGAGGCUCCCCUGAUGUGCAGUGGACUCAAACUAGAAAAUCAAGUAGGAGGUGGGAAGAAUAGUCAAAAAGCCUCUCCGGUGGAUGAUGAACAGCUGUCAGUCUGUCUUUCUGGAUUCCUAGAUGAAGUUAUGAAGAAGUAUGGCAGUUUGGUUCCACUCAGUGAGAAAGAAGUCCUUGGAAGAUUAAAAGAUGUCUUUAAUGAAGACUUUUCUAAUAGAAAACCAUUUAUCAAUAGAGAAAUAACAAACUAUCGGGCCAGACAUCAAAAAUGUAACUUCCGUAUCUUCUAUAAUAAACACAUGCUGGAUAUGGACGACCUGGCGACUCUGGAUGGUCAGAACUGGCUGAAUGACCAGGUCAUUAAUAUGUACGGUGAGCUGAUAAUGGAUGCAGUCCCAGACAAAGUUCACUUCUUCAACAGCUUUUUUCAUAGACAGCUGGUAACCAAAGGAUAUAAUGGAGUAAAAAGAUGGACUAAAAAGGUGGAUUUGUUUAAAAAGAGUCUUCUGUUGAUUCCUAUUCAUCUGGAAGUCCACUGGUCUCUCAUUACUGUGACACUCUCUAAUCGAAUUAUUUCAUUUUAUGAUUCCCAAGGCAUUCAUUUUAAGUUUUGUGUAGAGUGUAUUCCACAACAGAAAAAUGACAGUGACUGUGGAGUCUUUGUGCUCCAGUACUGCAAGUGCCUCGCCUUAGAGCAGCCUUUCCAGUUUUCACAAGAAGACAUGCCCCGAGUGCGGAAGAGGAUUUACAAGGAGCUAUGUGAGUGCCGGCUCAUGGACUGAAACUCAGCAGGGACUCUGGGAAGUCUGACCAAGUUGGAGCAGAUGGUUUGUUACUUGAAUCUCCAAACACUUAGUUGAAUUUUUACAGAUAUUUCAGAUCAGUGGUGUUGGGCCACUAUUGUUACCUCAAAUUUAUUUUUUGCCCUUAAUUCUUUCUCCAGCUACCAUGUACUAUUGUUUAAUGUUCAGUUUGGUUUCAUUUUUAAUUUUAUGGAUUCUGUGCGUCCCCCAUAUUUAAUAUUUAUUAUUCAAACGCAUGCAUAUAGACAGAGCAUGCAGUGAAGAGUAUUAGAAAAAAAAAAAAAAAAGCUUAGUAGAUUUGGUGCAGCUUUUGAAACUUAGUUAGAUGUGAACUGAAUACAGGUUUCAAAUUUAUUCCCAGAACCUAAAAAUGCAAGAUGUUUUUGAUACAACAUAACUCUGAGAUAGUAAGUGUUCCCUGGGGCAUUAAGGGUAGCUAGGAGUGGUUUUGACAAAUCCAGUCCUGUUUUACUUUUACCAGUGGCACCUUUCACUGACUUCCCUCUCCAAGUGAGUCUUAGAGAGUGCAAUUCAUUCCUUUUGAAGGGCGAGAUGUAAGUGGUCGUAAACUGACUGGUGUGUUGUUUCAGGAGGCACACUUGUAAGCACAGUGCGUGCUUUGGGAAGAGUAAAUUAAGGUGUGAGAAAACGACAGCAACUUUGGGGGCCAGUAACAAUGACAGAUUUCAGUCGUGGUUUUAAGAAUUAUAAUACAUGGUGUACAUCUUAUAAAGGCUUUUGCUGGGAUAGUGAAUUCCCUGGAUUUUUCUGGUUUUGACCUGUUAAAAAACUCUCAUCCCAUCAAACCUAGUAGUCAAACAAAUAAUGCAGCUAGGAGUAAUUUGUAAGUUGUCAUUUCCCUGUGUUGCCUCCCAAUUGGAAGAAGUUAAGGUUUACCAAAUCCAUUUCUAUUUUCAAGGGUAUCUGAAAUUUAAACAUUCAAAAUUGAAGACUGACUAAUUUUAGAUCUUUUGCAAGUGGCUGGAGAGAAGAGGGAAGGUAGUAAAGGCAACUUACUCCCCUGGGAGUGUAGCAGCUGUAUCAGGUUUUUUUCUCCUGUCCCUUUAGUGAUCUCAGUAACAUGCAGGGCACAUCUUGUUUCUGCAUGACCAAUGCUGACACUAGCACAGUUGUUUUUUCUCUUUCUUUUGAAGCUCAUCUUCUGAAGGAAGGUCUAAAUGGCCUUGUCCAUACACUUAGCUGCAUUAGGAUUAAUGUCAUGCACCUUACAUCUUUAAUCCAGCCUUUUGUGACAUUGGAAAGGAAAGUUGUAUGUUAAACCUACCCAAUUAUCUUUUCUGAAUCGGGAGGAAAAACCACCAGUGUAUGUAUGAGAAACUCAGAAGUUUGAAUAGAAAAACACCAAGUAAAUGGCAGAAGAUACUCAAAUUUAUGCCUGGGUAGGUUUGGGAUGUUGAAAAAGCUAAACUGUUUAGUUUCACAUGGCCCUAAGGUAUGGCUGAGAGAAGGCUGAUGCCAGCAGUUGAGGACUGAGUCAGACCAUGUUUACAUGCGGGGUUCCCAACACCAGGGGUGACACUGGGAAGCAGCCCCAGCACCUUUCUCUCCUGAGUCCUCCAGACUCAAAAUCCUUAAUUUAAAACCAGGUCAGUGUUUCUUACUGUGUUUCAAGUCAUUACAAAGACUGAGAGUAGAGGCACUUUAUGCUGCUAUAGGUAGGGUUCUGUCAGCAUUAGGAAAAAAGAGUUUAAGGUGAGGAAGAGUUUUUCAUGAGUUUUUCAAACAUAGUUACACAAACAUGAGAUUUUUCAAAACAUACGUCAGACAUUUGCCUCUAAUUUUUUUUGGUGGGCGUGUGGUAUACCAAAGUAGCCAGUCACUGGGCUAUUGAUUCAAAAUGUCUUGUACUUCAGAGUGAGGAAGUAUUUCAGUUCUUCAUUGACAGAACAUGGCAUGCAGAAGAGACAGAAUUGUACCUGUAAGAAAAUCAACGCCCAGAGCAUGAGCUGCUGUUUCCUCCAAUCUGUGAAACGUGAGCCAUCCAAGUCCAGUGACUCUCACUUUCAGCUUAAUGCUUCAUAGGGCAUCUUGAGGUGUGCCGCCCAGCGUGGCUUAGACUACAUAUUGAGUUUGGUCUUUUUUCCCUUCUUUUUUUUUUUUGGGACAGAGUCUUACUGUCACCCAGGCUGGAGUGCAGUGGCAUGAUCUUGAUCUCUAAAUUAGGUAUAAACCUCUGUUUAACUGAAGUCCUAAAUCAGAAUGUCCUUUUUUUCUGAUGUUUACAGUAAUUGCUUCCUUGGUUAAUAAAGGUAUUUUUGAAACACUCUGGACUGUUGGUGAAAGAGGCAGACGUGGUUUUACUGGUACUAGUUUGGCACUGAACUGUUUGGGUGCCCACGAGGUAGGCAGACCUUAUACCCUUUUUUUACUCACUCUGUUGCCCAGGCUGGAGUGCAAUGGCACAAUCUCAGCUCACUGCAACCUUGGCCUCCUGGGUUCAAGCAAUUCUCCUGCCUUAGCCUCCCGAGUAGCUGGGACUACAGACACACACCAUCAUGCCCAGCUAAUUUUUGUAUUUUUAGUAGAGACAGGGUUUCACCAUGUUGGUCAGGCUGGUCUCAAAUUCCUGACCUCAGGGGAUCCAGCUGCCUUAGCCUCCCAAAGUGCUGGGAUUACAAGUGUGAGCCACUGUGCCAGGCCUAGACCUUAUGCUUUUGAGGUUGAGUGCAGACCUUGUGCUAACUAAAAGCUACUUUUGAUGAGCCUUCAACAAGCUGCCCAGUCCUGUCCUCAGCAAACAUACCAGGCUGUAGUUACUUCUUUGCAGUGGUCUUUCCUUUUGUUAAAUCCAUAGCAAUGAAUAUAGAUUUAAUUCAACUUUUAGUUAAGUUCUCCCAAGAAUCCUAAUCAACUUUCUGUUGGCCUCUUACGGGGAAAAGAAGUUGCUGCCAAUAAUCCCCAAACUGUUUUUGGCUUUGCAUUCUCUUUUCUACCUAGCACUGAAUCUGAGUAACAUUGUCAUCCUGGAUUUAUAGUUGGAAGAAAACAGUAACAGACCUAACUGGGACUCAGCCAGCACUAGUCUCAUCUUAGCUGCCCUUUUUCUCUGCAGUUACAGUUUACUGCAUCCCUGGGCUAGAAGUAAUUGGGGGGUCUGGGCAGGUCAGACUCUUCAGGCAAGACAGUCUGUUAAUAGUGUGAAAUAGGGAUACUGAUUCCCUGCUCUGCUUAGUUAAGAAACGGAAUUAAAUCAGCAGUUAUAAAGCACAUACUUCUGUUACGUGCUAGGCUCUGCCUCCUGGCCUGUAGAUAAUUAAGACGACCCAGGGAAUACCAUCAGAGAAGUGCUAAUUGCAUUUGGGUGUUACAAAAGCAGACCUAGAUAGGCUGUUCACUUAACUGGUAAAUGUUGGUCAAAAAAAAUUUAUUUAAAGAUUAUCAUCGUAUGAAAUUACAGUACUCAACCCUUCUAGCAAAAUAUUUUUUUGAAAAAUAAACUAAAUGCCUUUAUAAA